AUGUCGGCGGCGGCGCGACCGCGCGUCUGCAUCGCUCGAUGCUCGACCUCGUCGUCGCGCGCGGCGAACGAACGCGCGCGCGAGCGACGACCGACGAACCGCCGGGCGCGACUCGACGCCGGAGACGCGGUGAAGCAGAAACAAGCGAUCACGGAGGUUGUUCGAAAAGCGCGCGGGGGGCCGGCGAGCGGCGCGGGACGCGGACGGGACGCGCCGAGCGCGAACGCGAAGACGAAGAAAGGGCCGAGCGGGAUGGUGCGGUCGUACGAGAAUGCGGAGGUGGCGCCGGCGAUGCCGUUGGUGGAAGUGCUCGAACCGGAGACGAAUCGACGGUUGUUGUGCAUGUUAAGACGGAGGUUUACGUUGGCGAACGGCGAGGAGCGGUGCGUGGUGCUCCCGGUGGACACCCCUAUCGACGUCCUGCGAGGCGAGGGCUUGGACGAGAGCGAAGAUUUAAGCGAUAUCGGGGACGAUGAGCUGGUGCAAAUUUUGCCGGACAUGAACCGCGCGUUGGCGAUGCGCGGGUUUUUGUUACAGCGAAGCGCGUUUUGCAUGACAGUCCGAGGGGCGGUUCGCAUGAACGACGAAGACGCGCUCGAAAUGGACACCGGUGGGGACGAACCGAACGAAGGCGUGGAGGUGUGCACGUUUACGAGCGGUUCGUCGCGAUAUCUCGUCUACGCCCCUUUGAACCCGGUGCUGUUGAUCACGAACGAAGAUCCCGAGUCCAAGCUUCACGAGGUGUGCUUUGACGACGACGACGUCGACGAGCGCACGCUCCAGGCUAACCUCGACGCCGAGUACGAGAUGCUGAGCGAACCCGAGGACGAACUCUUCGCCGACUUGGCCGAUUAA